AUGCUCCUUCUCGUUAUGAUCCCGAACCACAUCUUAUAUGCCCACCCAGAACUCCCUCAAGGUGUGCCGCCAACGGCCAAAGCCCCUGCUCGCAACAAGGGCCAUGUUCAGCCAUAUGAUUCUGUACCAGUUUCCGAAAAGCGGCAACGAGACGUUCGAGUUUACGCCCCAGAUCAGAAAGCAGGCCAUUGGGCAGGGACGGGCGACUCAUCAUGGAGCCGCCGGAAGGACCAGGACGGAAAGGGUCAGAAACUUGCCAAAAACGAGCAAACCAGGCAACGACAGCAAGAAACUCGUAUCGAUGGCCUUCAAGACUCGCGGGCAGCUGAAAGACAAACACAUUUCCGAUCAGGUCUCGAACUGAUUUUCAAAACAAUGGCGCCUGGGAGAGACACGUACCCUUUCACAGGCCCACUGGUUCUGGUGGCAACUCAUGCAAGCGUUUCGGUCCUGGGAAUCCUGGACGCAGUGGAAUUCAAAUGGAGCGGAGAACCCAGAUGCGGUCCCCUUCUCAAGCCACGCGCGUAG